CCGCCGGGGCGGGGCCCCCCGGUGCCGGUGCCGGUGCCCCCGCCAUGCCCAAGCUGCUGCCGGCGCAGGAGGCGGCUCGGAUCUACCACACCAACUAUGUGAGGAACGCACGGGCCAUGGGGGUGCUCUGGGCUCUCUUCACCCUCUGCUUCUCCAUCCUGAUGGUGGUGACCUUCAUCCAGCCCUACUGGAUCGGCGACAGCAUCGACACGCCGCAAGCCGGUUACUUCGGCCUCUUCUCCUACUGCAUCGGCAACGCGCUCACCGGAGAGCUCAUCUGCAAAGGCAGCCCCCUCGACUUCGGCACCAUCCCUUCCAGCGCCUUCAAAACUGCCAUGUUCUUCGUCGGCAUCUCCACCUUCCUCAUCAUCGGCUCCAUCCUCUGCUUCAGCCUCUUCUUCUUCUGCAACGCAGCCACCGUCUAUAAAGUCUGCGCUUGGAUGCAGCUGGCGGCAGCGACCGGGCUGAUGAUCGGCUGCCUCAUCUACCCCGACGGCUGGGACUCGAGCGAGGUGAAGCGCAUGUGUGGGGACAAGACAGACAAAUACACCCUGGGUGCCUGCACCGUGCGCUGGGCGUACAUCCUCUGCAUCAUCGGCAUCCUCGACGCUCUCAUCCUCUCCUUCUUGGCCUUUGUGUUGGGGAACCGGCAGGACAACCUCCUCCCUUCUGAUUUUAAAGUGGAAAGUAAAGAAGAAGAGGGCAAUGACUGACAGAACUCAUCACCAUGUAAGUGCUGCCCGCGGUGGUUUUGAACCUUUCUUCCCAGCAAAGAAUCACAGAAUCACCAGGUUGGAAAGGACCCAUUGGAUCAUGGAGUCCAACCAUUCCUAACACUCCCUAAACCAUGUCCCUCAGCACUUCAUCCACCCGUUCCUUAAACACCUCCAGGGAAGACGACUCAACCCCCUCCCUGGGCAGCUGUUCCAGUGCCCGAUGACUCUUUCCGUGAAGAAUUUUUUUCUGAUAUCCAACCUGACCCUCCCCUGACGGAGCUUGAGGCCAUUCCCCCUUGUCCUGUCCCCUGUCACUGGGGAGAAGAGCCCAGCUCCCUCCUCUCCACAACCUCCUUUCAGGUAGUUGUAGAGAGCAAUAAGGUCUCCCCUCAGCCCCCUCUUCUCAAGGCUCUCUCAGCCGCUCCUCGUCAGACGUUCUCCAGCCCCUCACCAGCUUCGUUGCUCUUCUCUGGACACACUCCAGAGCCUCAACAUCCUUCUUGUGGUGAGGGGCCCAGAACUGAACACAGUACUCGAGGUGUGGUCUCACCAGUGCCGAGUACAGAGGGAGAAUCCCCUCCCUGGCCCUGCUGGUCACACC